GCGUCGCAAAGGGAUGAUGCUAGGUCUGAGCAGGAGGAUCGCGCUCUUCCUCAAUCUCAAUCGAAGAGACUACCGGACGCUGCUCGUGACAGCGUUCUCACUCUCUCUUCUUACCUGCGCCUGGGUCGGGCUCGUCGCCAAUUCCUCGCGGGCUCCAACCUUCCCCCGGGACUUUGAUCCGAUCGAUCUGCCCGGGAUCGAGCAGGACGAGAGCAGCAGCAGCGGCAGCAGCGGUAGCGGCAGCGGUAGUACCUUGGCAGUGGAUCAGAUCGUCUUUGGCAUAGCAGGCUCCGCGAGCUUGUGGAUCGACCGGAAGGAGCUGGUGAGGCAGUGGUGGCGGCCGCUACAAAUGCGUGGAUUCGUGUGGCACGACGAUCCAGUGGAGCCAAACUUGUGGGACACUGGCCUCCCGCCUAUCCGGAUCUCCGAGGACACCUCGAGGUUCCGGUACACCAAUGUGGACGGCUCGCCAGCAGGAAUCCGAAUCGCCAGGAUAGUUCUCGAGACCGUCCGGAUGAACUUGACGGGUGUGGAGUGGCUGGUUCUCUGCGACGACGAUACCGUCUUCUCGGUGGACAACCUGGUUCGUGUUCUCGGGACUUUCGACUCGUCCCAGAUGUUCUACAUCGGCAGUGUGUCCGAGAGCCAUAACCAGAACGUUGCGUUUAGCCACCAGAUGGCGUUUGGAGGUGGGGGCAUUGCCAUCAGCUAUCCACUCGCGAAGGCUUUGGCACGAUCGCAGGAUAGAUGCUUGGAGCACUAUCCGCAGCUCACUGGGAGUGACGACCGGCUGUACGCUUGCAUUUUGGAGCUCGGUGUCCCACUCACGAAACACUCGGGUUUCCAUCAGAUGGAUAUACGUGGAAACCCGCUGGGAUUGCUGAGUGCUCAUCCUAUAACACCUUUUGUGUCCAUGCAUCACAUUGAAGCAAUGGAUCCAGUGUUUCCCGAGCUCUCCCGCCUCGAGAGCUUGCAGCUGCUGAUCAAGGCAAUGACAGCGGACUCGUCCAACUUCUUGCAGCAGACGAUUGGCUAUAACAAGGACAAAGGCUUCACGUUUUCAAUCUCGACUGGCUACGUUGUCCAGGUAUUUGAUCAGCUAGUUUAUCCCAGGGUACUAGAGAAGGCAGAGAUUACAUUCAAGGCCUGGAACUCGAGGAACGGUCCAACCGAGUUCGAUCUGGACACUCGCAAAGUUAAGCUACCGUCGCCACCGUUCCUCUUCUUCCUCAAUAACACCAUGAGCAGUGAAGACGGCGGAGUUGUGAGUGAGUACAAGCUCUACAGUCCAUCUGCCAAGGAAUGUAAGAACUACUGCUGGUCGAGGCUACUGCUACCUGGGAUGGGCCACUCGAAAGCUCCCGACUUUGACACCAUCCGAGUCGUCACCAGGCCAUUGAGCAACAAUUGGUUCAAGGUCCCGAGAAGGCAGUGCUGCCGCUUUGGCGAGGUAGUGAAUCAAGUGCUGAGCAUCACUAUCUUGCCAUGCGAGCCAGGUGAAACUGUUGUCAACCGGAGGAAUAGCCAGCACCAAAGUUUUGUCGAAAAGAGGAUGUAGAUUUUGGAGGAACCGGUAUGUGAGAAAGUUUUAGGAAGUUUUAGGAGGCUGGAGACACAUUUUGUAAAACAAAGUGGCUCCUUUGCUUGUAACAAUUGUCUUUUUUCUUUUAUGGACAGCGAAGAUUUUUGUA